ACCUAAAUCCUAAUUGAUCAUCACAAUUUCAUUUCAUUAAGGCUAAAAUUUCGAUGGAGUUUGGGGUUCAUGGUGAUGUUAAUGGUGGCAUGAUACUGAACUCAGUCCAAGUGGAGACUAGUAGCACGGAAAAUGAAAAUGAAACAGGAGGCAUUCCUGUUGAAGGAACUUUUCAACAGGGAUUGAAUGAAAAAAUGGAGCAAACUUCUCCAGGAAAGGAAGACAUCCCAGGGAGUAUUCCAGCUAAUGAGCCUUAUGUGGGUCAGGAGUUUGAAUCCGAGGCAGCUGCACAUGCUUUCUAUAAUGCAUACGCUACAAGGGUGGGAUUCGUCAUUCGGGUAAGCAAACUUUCCCGUUCUAGACGCGAUGGAUCUGCUAUCGGUAGGGCACUUGUUUGUAACAAAGAGGGUUUUAGAAUACCCGACAAGCGAGAAAAAAUCGUGAGGCAAAGGGCAGAGACGAGGGUUGGAUGCAGGGCAAUGAUUUUGGUGAGGAAAGUUUGUUCCGGUAAAUGGGUUGUCACGAAAUUUGUGAAGGAGCACACUCAUCCUCUGGUGCCUGGAAAAGGUCGGAGGGAUUGCAUUUAUGAUCAAUAUCCGAAUGAACAUAAUAAAAUCCGAGAAUUAACACAGCAGCUGGUGAUGGAGAAGAAAAGAGCCGCGACUUAUAAAAGACAUCUGGAGUUGAUUUUCGAGGAAAUUGAGGAGCACAAUGAGAGUCUAUCAAAGAAGAUCCAACACAUAGUGGACCAUGUGCACGAAAUGGAGAACAAAGAGAACCAGAGCCGUGUAUAGUUCCUGUUUUCUUUAUACAUCCUUGAAAUAUUGUUAUCCAGUCGUGAUGUUGGGUAC